GUCUGAACUCAUCCUUACCCUCCCUGGUUCUAUUUCGUGUCACUUAGCGUGUGUGAGACCUCGAAAAUUUGGCGGGGAAUGCAUCCUCGUAACCGGUCUCUUCAGGGACCAAACUCUGGCCAAAGCUCGAAGCAAGGCUACAGGUUCCACAAGGCCGCCGAUGUACGACAGAGCUUAAGGAACCAGAAUGAAGCUAUGCUUAUCGAAGCCCUAACGGCUCUGCGCAACCAGCUCACUGUGAAGCCAACUGAAGAUACCGUUCGUGCAGAUGACGAGAGGCUAUUGUUUGUCAAGUCAUGGUUGGACACGGAUCCUGGGGCGCAAGAUAUUUUUGAACUGUGGGAGAGGGCUACCGCGAGGCAGCUAGCGCUACUCUCUUCCAUUCUAUCCGUCCUGUCCUCGAUCCUCGUCCUUCUCUCCGCCCAUUAUACAUAUCACUCCUAUGCGAGCCCCAUUAUAAAGGCUGUUCUGUCUCCGCAAUGGUCCCCGAGGCUUAACUCGUACCUGUCCACUACGCAUAACGAACUGGUUCUCCUCACACUGAAGCUGUACAAUAAUUUGUCGACAUUUGCUGGUGGACGCGAACGGCGGGCAGUCCUAGAUGCGUUCCCUUGGGAGCUGAAGACAUUGCCGAAACUUUUACAUAUGCGGCGUCGGAGCAAGCCCAGCGACAACAUCGAUAUCAUGGCGAGACCAGACAUCCGGACGCUGUAUAUCUUGUUUCUCCUGUCGUUCGUGGACUCUACGACCUCGACUGCCGUGAAAACCGCCUUCCUCGAGCAACGGCGCGACAGCUUUAUAGGCGUGUUCAGGGGCCUCUUCCAAGAUGCGCAUACAGUCGUACGGAGAGUCCUAGAGUGCUGUUGGACGGGCAUAUGGUGCGACCCAAAGAUCAAACGCACCGCAAAAAUCAGCUUGUUUAAUGAGCAGACGGUGCAACAGAUCCUCACAUUGUACGAACGUAGUAUUUCGGAGGACGAGGACCAAGAGUCUGUUCCAGCUGACAUCGCACACCACUUCCUCUUGGCGAUAUGCACGCGCCCAGGUACUGGUAUAUGCUUCAAGGACCGUGGGUGGUAUCCGCGUGAAGAUGAAAAUCAGCCGACAGUGGAGAGGGAAGACGAGAGCCGGCGUCGCCAGAGCGGCAAAGUUUACAAUAAGAUCCUCGCGGGUGUGCUGAGGACCCUUAAAGUCAAUGAAGACGCGAGACAGCAAGAGCUUGCGCUGCGUAUACUUGAAGCAUGCCCAGAGCUCGUCGCAGGGUACUGGCAUGGAACUGCUCUCACACUAGAGCCCCGUCUAUCCUCAAAAUGGAUCGUCAACAUAGCCUUUUUUGGUUCAGUCAUUUCCCUUCCCGUGCCCAGUGCGUCGUUCUUCCUGCCAGAUGCAGACUUGUAUCGCCCUUCGCCACCUGUGCUUUCUACUAUCCUCGAUAAUAUCCUUCCAUCCAUCAACAUCAAAAUUCACCUCUCGCGUGGUCUUCAGUCCAGCGUUCCGCUUGUGCAGCACUGCGCAGCCCUUGCGCUUGCCAAGUGCCUCGCCAAGUUUGGUGAGACUGCGAAGAGCAUCCGCGCCGCUGCCGCUGCACUGGAGGAAGGCGAGGAAGAGGGCCAGUGGUGCCACCGGGCACGUGAGCUCGAGCGAGAGGUUGCGCGACGUGUGCCCGACUUCCAGGUCAUUGUGGCAUUUGGGCAGCAGAAAACCGCAGAGAUGCACACCGCAGCGGUCGCGGGAGACCAGGGCGCUGUGACGAAAGCUACAUUGCUUGCCGAGAGCGCACAGAGGCUUCUGUGGUUAUAUCACGAACAUUUGCCCAGCCUUGUCGCUGAGACGCGGUUUGACGUCAGCAAAUUGCUCCAGGGUAUUCAAGAGGGCGAAAGUCAAGCUAGCGAGGCUGUCGUGCCUCACUCGGGACUGGUCGCUUUGAGGCAGUUGCAUAUUUUGAGGUUACUGCAGAGAAGCGAAGAUUUCUCGUGGUCUGGAAAGACAGGUUCCCGCGGGAAUCUAGCAAUCCUGCUCCGCCUUUAUGUCUACGCAACCCAGCCUUCGAUGAACUUAGCCGUCGCCAACUUCCUCCGACAGACCCUCUCGACAACUGCCGCUUUCCAGCACGAUCCAGACGAGGUGGAUCUAUGGCUGCGUGCACUGCCCACAACCAGACGCUUUGUGGGUGCGCAAGCGCCGGACGGCACGCCCUUGACAGACGAGGGCGAGGCUGUCAUCGCUCUCCUCGACGAUUGUCUGCAGCGCUGCAUUAAGACGCCAUACCGCUACCUUGAAGAGCUACAGGCAAUCUGUACCCCUUCGGACUCCAGCGCGUGGGACCCUUCGCUUUUGCCAAGUCCAAUGCUCGUCACAGUCCUCGAGCAAGUGCAGGCAAAAGUGAACGGGAACCACAUAGUGCCGUCGGACACACUCGCCAUUGUCACCUUCGUGCGGAAGUUGGCAAUGAGUCUAGUCAGUAAGUUGCCAGAGCUGGGGGUCCUUGAUGCUAUUGCGAAGCGGUUGCAGGCGCUCAGUCUUGACGACAAGCACUUUGGCAGGAGCAUGCGCAAGGCAAUUGCGAGGGAAUGUCGGCUCCUUGCGUUGAUGAGCGGACAGCUGGCAUCACUUGUGAUACAGGGGGCUAUGGAAGAAGACGAUGGUGAGGUUGAGAAGCUGCUGAGUAGACUGCGGGAAGUCGGUAUAGAGCCGGCUGAAUUAAGAGAGAAAGCCGCGUACGAAGCAGUCGACUGGUAUAGGUUGAUGGACCCAUCCUUGUCAAGCCAGCAGUUCAGUACGCUUGUCUCAGUCCUCGAAGAACUGCACAAGCCCGCUUUGACGGCACUCUUCGACUUUGUUCCGCCUGGGCAGGAUCUAAUCUUGGGAGUUGGGGAGCUAGCGGCGAAGCUGUCAACCUUGCAAUGUGACUUCACUACACUGUUCCUCCACACGGAGCUCUCCGAGCUCGCCAAUAAGCCUUCACGAUAUACACUAAUCCAGGCUGUUCCAGUUAUCACAGCUACCGCUCUUAGGCGUAUAUUCCGACUCAUUGGCCAUCGGCUCGUCUCAAUGAAGCCCUCAGAUGCAGAAAACUUGCUUCACCUGCUGGCAGAAUUGAUUUGCAAAGUUAGACGUGUCGCAGCCUCGGUCCUCAUGGACACCCUGCAUUUUCUCUUCGAGCUAGAGGGCGUGCAGCACAUCUGUCAUUCUGCUUUACCCGCAUCUGUGAGAUCAGGCUUGACUGACUUUUUAAACCAGGCCGUCGACGGGAGGGAUGGUAACGACCAGGAUCUAGUCCGGGGGUUCGCCGAGUAUUGGACCAGCAUUCUUACACAGAGUCUGGACUCUUUGUCUGACGAGCAAUUCCACACUUCUGUCAUCUGGUUGCAAGUUAUGACAACACCGCAGGUGCUAAACCUACUGGAUCAUCUUUCUGUGGAUCGCUCGAAUGAGCGAGUUCAACUGGCGCUUGAGGCGAUCCUGAAUAGGCUGUCGUGCACCGUAGAACGCGCCGAUAUAUCGGGACUUAUAUUGCGUCUUCCUUCUCUGCUGCGUCUCCAGCACUCCAUGCCCGGCUGGGAGAAGGUCAUCGCUAUCGCAAUUGAUGGCUAUCUCCCCUCAUUUUGCGACGGAAGUUUUUUGACUGGCCCCAGCAGCUCGUCGACGGUCGCUGUCCUCAUCUCGGAGGCGUCUAAUCGUUGGAGGUCUUUUGCACAUAACAAGCAUCCCGUCGACGUUCGCCUCUUCCUCGAGCAGCGGACCUGGACAGACCUCACGGCGAGUAUCGUUCUACGCCUGACCUACAGCCAGGCGUCGGAGAGGCCGACUAUCACGGAGUGGUUCCGUGUGGGUGGUUGGCAGGCGCAUCCCAUUGCACGUGCUGUGCCUGUUCUGCACGCCUUGUUGGAUACUUACCUCCCACUAUCACCCUUCGCGGAUAAAGACGAGGACAUCCUCAUCUCGCUCUGCAAGGGCAUAUGCAAUGAGAUGCUGGCUCAACGCAGUGAAGACCUGCAGAUUCGAUGCAAGUUCUGCGUUGAGAUGAUACUCAGUAUGCAUCCAUCUGUGCGCCCUCAGGUCUCCUCACACCUCGACGCUCACAUGAAGACGCUUGCGGAUUGCUUCAACUCGGCUCUAUUCUCUCUUGCAGUCCAUCUCGAUGCGAAAGGUUCCCUCGGAAGCAGUGCAAUUGAAUACGGGCUCCAGUGGGCCGUGUCUGCACUGUCUUCAACAGAGACUGCAUUAUCGGAUCUUGAUGAAGACCUGGAAGAGCUACGUCGCGGGUUGGAGGUCGCGAGCCCCAAAGCGCAUCACGCGGUGUCGGCCGUCACGGUGGCCAUCCAAAGUCACCUAUCGAACGCAAAGGGACUUCGCCUCGUUCAGACCAUCUCGCGACGCGUACAGUUCAAGCCCGUGACUGUGAAUCGCUUUCUACAGAGCAUCAUCCAACAUCCCAAGUUUCAAGCUGCAGCAGAAUCGUCGAACGUGGAGAAUCGAGAUGUUAGGAACAUCCUUGUCGAUGUCCUGCACAGUCUCUUCCAUUUGCAUCCCGCGAACACCUGCCAGCCAAGUCAUGUUGAGCCGCUGCUCUCCGUAUAUGGCGGUACCAUGAGCGCCGCGGACCGCCAGCUAUUGUCCAUAUUUCGCCUCUUUGAAGUGACGCGGAAGGUUUCCAUCUCUACGCUGCUAUCUCGCUGGUCACUCGCAUCAGAUGUGACGUGCACCACUGCGCUGGAGGCUAUUCAGCACCUCGAUCCGGCGCGGGUCAUAAAGACAUGCAUAUCAUUCCCACAAUACUACGCCGGCUCAGUGAUGGAGGACGACGAUGGGUCUUACGACGAGCGGCUCUAUGAUCCCAUCUUUAUCAUAUUACUAUUCUCGUGCAUGCUGACGACUAGCGUGCCCGCAACAGCCCUCGCGUGGGUGCAGAUGUUCCGAACAAAUAUUGUCAGCUUACUCAUCCGGGCCUUAUCCUCACAUCGAGAAGGCGUGCGUGCUCUUGCGAUGUCCCAGCUUGCAGGCUUGUAUUCGAACUUGCAGGAUGCUGACAUGCAAGAAAAACCGCACGUUAUUUAUAUCCUCGACCUGCUCAAGAACGUCUACAAUAACGACACCCAUGAUGGACAGUCACCCCGAAUCCCAGCGUAUACGACUUUGCACCUCGCUCAUGCGAUGCGCGGUGUUUUUUAUCCUGCAGCAUUCAUUUACCCAUUGACCGCUCGGUUCCUGCUGCAGCGACAUGAGUUCGACACAAGCGACGUCCCCUUAUUGUACACCACGCUGUACAGCGCCGGUGACCAGUGGAAGAAGGAGCGGAUAUGGAUCGUGCGGUUCCUCGCCGAUGGUCUGGUGGGCAGGCAGGAAUGGCGUGUCCUUAAGAGGCGACAUACAUGGGACCUUCUGGCGAGCAUCUUCCAGAGCGAGAGCCAUGACCAAAAUCUUAAGCGCGGUGUCCUCGAGCUGUUGGCGAACCUGACCUGUAAUCAGGCUGCGGCUAGGUCUCUAGUUCUAGGCUCUGGUCUGCUGUCAUGGAUUGAGCUGCAGCUUCAGAAUGUCAAGCCUGGGGAAGGUCUCGCUUGGGUCCGGAUCCUUGAGAACAUUCUCGUUGUCCUGGAUGUGACGAGGCUUAAUGUGUCGACAGCCGGCGAGUGGCGUUCAGUCCUGAGCAGAAGCCUCCUCAGGCUGUUAACCAGUUCUGCUUGUGACAAAGACAUCCUCGCGCAUGCUGUCAACAUCAUAUUGCGACUCAGCACGACCGCAGAAUUGCCCUCAGAGCUUGGCGACCUGGUUGCAGCAUCGCUCAUACAUUUAGAAGGCCUCGAGAAAGACCUUCAGUCGAAGCCAAUAGUCGCACCGAUAUCGGCACUCAAGGCGCCGCAUUCUUCUGAUAUGCUCUGGCGAACUCUCGACGUCAGUAUGCUCUCUCUCUGGGGUUUUUGCGUUGAGAACCUCUGGAGGGCCACGAUGUCCAUGGACGAUAAACUGGCAUCAUGGGAUACGUUAACAAGCAGGCUGCUAGUGUGGCGCGCGCUCGUAGGUGAAGCUUCACGAGUCGGCGAGUGGGCAAGAAGGGAAAGUAUGGAGGAGCAGAAGAUAGCAAUCUCGGUGCCCAGACAGAUACAUGAAGAUAUCGUCCUCUUGCAAGGGCAGGAGAUUAUCCGCAUACGGGAACUACUCCAGACUUCCGAGCCUCGUCUCGACGCCCUUCGAGAAGAGAGCGAGCGACUCACAACCGAGCAUGAAGAAGCAUUGAAAGAGCUCGAAGAAUUGCGGUCGCGUCCUCCGCCAGAGCCUCCGGCGCCGCCUGAACCCCCGAAGCCUCCUACCAUCGAUGAGAUUGUUAAACUUGUCUCGCCCAGGGCCGCGUUCAGGAAUGCGCAGCGCUUGCCCGCGUAUGGUACCUUCCAAAUCCCGGCUUUCCACGUCGGACGUAGUCCGCGGAGAUGCGUGAACGCCUUAAAAGACCGCGUUGGCUAUCUGCGAGUCGUCAUCUUCCGGGGUGGCGAGGGGCAGUGGCUCGAGCACUAUAGCACUUGCAUCGUUGUCCGUUCGGACAAGCGGCGCAGGCGGGACGGUUCCUGGGCUGACACGAAGCUCCUCCGACCACACCGGAGCGUGAACGUCGUCGCGAAUCUCUUCGGGCGGUGGUACUACCUCGGUACGUAUCAGUGUGCUGCGGUUGCAACACUGGACGCUGAGGCGUGGGAGGAUCUGCCUGAAAAAUCUCAGAGAGGCGUGCUCAGGUUUAUGGCGCACAACGACGACCGGCGUGAGGCAAGGGACGGAAUACUGCGGGGGGACGUGGGCCUGCAUAGGAUAGAGCUCCGCCGCGUGAGCUUCGACGAAGCUGUCCAGGAUGCGCUGGUCACCGCGGGCAAGAAGCAGGUCGAGAAUGCAGACAGCGACGGCUCAUAUGGGUCCGAUGGGGAGGCGUAUGGUUAACAUGGCUAUUUUUUAUGUCUGGAAAGUAGUACAUAUGUACGUUGUAGAGCACAAGACG